AUGUCAUGGAACAAGGCCGACCUCUCGCGAGUCAAGCAGUUUGCGCGAGAUGAAGAAGAUCUCCGCCGCCUUAUGGAGAUGACAGUCGUAGAUCGAGAGGUUGAGAUAGAGCGCCGCCACAACAGUCAGAUUUGGGGGUCUGCCAAACCAUACAGUACUACACAGCACUUCAAUCCCACGCAGAUAGAUCUGGGGCUUGGAGAUGAUGACAAUGUGCUGAAGGAGAGCUCAGAGUCAUUUGUGGUUGAGGAUGAAAAUGAGGAGUCUGAACAGUUUACUAACUUCGCUACCCAGGAGCCCAUUGAGCCCCAGAUCACAGCAAAAUGCUAUCAGAAUGUCAUCUUGCCUGCACAGUUUCUUGUUAUGUAUUCUCCGCAGUGGUUCUUUGAAGAAGUGAUCCGGAAGCACGCGAUGUUUCUUCUUCGGCUCAAUAAGCUGGGAGCUAACGUCCUCCCCCAGUAUAGCCGUAAUCUUCUUAUCCCUGUCCGUGUUUCUCCCGACAUGUGGCAGUCUGACGCCAAUUCAUUCGGCGAAGUGUAUCAGGAGAGCAGGGAACAUAUCUAUGACAGCUACUUGGCCAAUCCUGAAAUCUCUCGCUACUACGUAGAAAUACUCUUCCCCGAAGAUCUGCAGAAGGAGAAGCUUAGGGUUUCAUGUGCAGAUCUGGUUCAGGACGAAGAGCAGUACAAUGAGAAGAUAGAGGCGUCGUCUCUUUUCACGGACACAAUGCUGCGGGAGCUCAUGAGUGUCAACCAGUGUCCAUAUAGAGCAGUUACAUACCGUGAACUUGUGGAGUCUGGAUUGGCAAUCAAGGCAAUCAUGCAGGCUGUGAUAGGGACUAAGCCAGAGCGGGAAUACGUUUCUAAGUUGAUCCAGUUUGAGAACUAUAUCAUAAAGGCACUUAGCCCAUUCCCCAAUAUUAAGAUUAACCAGAUUCACAUGAGAAUAGACGCCAUAAAUGACAGUGAAAAGCAAAUUUUACUAUGCCACCACGUAAAAGUAGAAGACUCAACACAAGAUGAGUUGGAGGCUAGAUACUCAGAGAGCAGCAGAAGGCACCUAAAGCAGCUUAGAGAGGAAUUGCUUCGGUGUGAAGAUGCAUAUAGAAAGUCUCUUACUGCAAAGAAGGAGAUUAGCUAUUCCCUAUACAACACGUCUACUGGCACCCAAUCAAGCCUAGAGUUUAUGUGUUUCAAUUCCGCAGGAUCAUUGCAGCAGCUCUGGCAGAAAGCCUAUAAGGAGCUCCUCACCAGCCAUACGAAGCCGCAGUAUGCAGAAAAGCUAGCUACACUCAAAGCGCAUCUGAAGCUAGACAAGAGUGCGUCCGUUCAGACACAGCUGGGGAAGACCCUUCUGAUGGCUGAGGCCAUCGACACCUUUACACUUAAUAGUGUGAUUAACAUCGCAGAUGGCUUCUUCACUAUCAAGGACCACGCGGACCUUGGCUCCUGGCCUUUAUUGGGCCCCCGGUAUCGGGUGGACAUCUUGGGGGCCUGCACCGAAGCUUUCAAAGAAAACAGACGGAAUGGAGCCUUCUACUUUUGCCAUCGCUACGUCGAGGACGGCUGCACUGUUCUCAAAUUCGCGAGCGAGCCGGCUCCCUGCCCGUCGUCUUCGCCCACUUGA